UCCUAAUCCAUUGUUUCUAUGAUUUGACAUUAAACCAAUCCCCCAAAAAGGCCAAUGUGUAAUUAUACUUUGACCAAAAGAGAGAAGCAGAAGAAAGGAGCAGUUUUGUGUGCAUAACUUCUCUUUGUAAUUUUACACAUCAAAAGCGACGAAAGCUUCAAACUUUCCUUUCUCCCUUCUCUUUCACUGCAAUUUUUUUCCUAACCCAUUAAAAAUCGAAGGAAAAAACAGAAGAAAAUCGAGGAAUCAAUUACCUGGAUUCGAGGGUUUCUUUCCCUCUCCUCUCUCACUUAAAACUCUCACCACAAAAAUCGGCGCCUUUCUAUCCUCUUCCUUCUCUGUGUUUUCCAAUUCUCAACGCUUUGUUCUUGAGUGUUCUUCAGGUGUAUUCCUGCUUCAUCGCGAACUGUUUGAUUUGAGCUUCUGCUGCAUUUUUCGACUUAUGGUUUCCCGCUUGAUUCACCGGGUGCAAGACGCUAGAGAAAUCUGUCUGGUCCUGUGACGUAUGCAUAUUGUUGUACAUAUAUCGAACUCUCUGCUGGCUUUUGCGUAAGGGGUAUAUCUAGAGAGAUAUUUGGUUUGGGAUCGAACUUAAAGGGGAAAGGAUGGAUACUGCCAGAGCUUGGCUGAAUAAGUUAAAAGGGAAGAAGCAAUCCUCGAAGAAGAAGGAAACUACUAGAAGUGAUGUAAAGGACGGAUCGAAAACAGUUGGUGGUGAAGAAGCUAUGUCAAAUGUAACAAAGCAGAAGGCUGCGGCUGCGAAACAGUAUAUUGAGAAUCACUACAAGAAACAAGUGCAGAGUCAGCAAGAAAGACACGAGCGACGUAGUAUGCUGGAAAAUAAGUUAGCUGCUGCAGAAGUCUCUGAGGAAGAGCAAAAGAAUUUGCUUUAUGAUUUAGAGAAGAAGGAAACUGAAUACAUGCGCCGUCAGAGACAUAAAAUGGGAACUGAUGACUUCGAGCCGUUGACCAUGAUAGGAAAGGGUGCCUUCGGAGAGGUUAGGAUAUGUAGGGAGAAGGGAACAGGCCAUGUCUAUGCAAUGAAAAAGCUUAAGAAAUCUGAGAUGCUUCGUAGAGGCCAGGUGGAACAUGUAAAAGCAGAGAGAAAUUUACUUGCAGAGGUUGACAGCAACUGCAUUGUGAAGCUGUAUUGUUCAUUUCAAGACGAAGAGUAUUUGUAUCUUAUCAUGGAGUAUCUACCUGGUGGGGAUAUGAUGACGUUACUUAUGAGGAAAGACACACUUACUGAAGACGAGGCACGGUUUUAUGUCGGCGAAACUGUCUUAGCUAUUGAGUCCAUUCAUAAGCACAACUAUAUCCACAGAGACAUCAAGCCUGAUAAUCUGCUACUCGACAGAAGCGGUCACAUGAAAUUGUCAGAUUUUGGAUUAUGUAAGCCAUUAGACUGUAGUGUUCUCCAGGAAAAGGAUUUCACAGUUGCACACAACCUCAGUGGGGCUCUACAAAGCGAUGGUCGACCUGUGGCACCUAGACGCAGCCGCUCCCAAAUGGAACAGCUGCAAAACUGGCAGAGAAAUAGAAGAAUGCUUGCUUAUUCCACAGUUGGAACUCCUGAUUAUAUUGCCCCAGAAGUUUUAUUGAAGAAAGGAUAUGGAAUGGAAUGUGACUGGUGGUCUCUUGGUGCCAUCAUGUAUGAAAUGCUUGUGGGGUUUCCACCAUUUUAUUCAGAUGAGCCAAUGACAACUUGUAGAAAGAUAGUAAACUGGAGAAACUAUUUAAAAUUCCCGGAAGAGGUUAGAUUAUCACCAGAAGCAAAGGAUCUUAUAUGUAGACUGUUAUGCAACGUAGAACAAAGGCUUGGAACAAAAGGAGCAUAUGAAAUUAAGGAUCAUCCUUGGUUCAGAGGCGUCGAAUGGGGAAAAUUAUAUCAGAUGAAAGCUGCUUUUAUUCCCCAAGUCAAUGACGAGUUAGAUACCCAAAAUUUCGAAAAAUUUGAUGAGACUGACAAACAAGUUCCAAAGGUAGCAAAAUCAGGUCCAUGGAGAAAGAUGCUCUCAUCCAAAGACAUUAACUUUAUGGGUUACACUUACAAGAACGUUGAAAUCGUAGAUAAUGAUCAGUUACCAGGGAUAGCUGAGCUGAAGAAGAAGAGCACGAAGCCGAAGCGGCCAUCGAUUAAAUCCCUCUUUGAGGAUGAAUCAGCGAGUGGCACCACAAGCUACCAAGGAAGCUUCUUGAAACUCUUGCCACCACAGAUCGAAGUUCCAGAGAAAGAAGGCUUAUCCGGGUGACAAAUGGCACAAGCCUACUAAACCAGAGUUUCUAGUUACAUUUUGAAUGUUUGGUUCCGGGUUAACACGGUUUUGAGUGGUGAGUUUUAGGGUUUGUUGAGAAAAUAGAGUUUCCUUCGUGGCGUGAAGACUUUGGUGAGAGAUGAUUGAGAUUAUUUGAUUUUUCUUGUGGAUAGAAGAGAAAAAGAGUUAAGGAUUUGUUCAAACAGUUUCCACAUAGGAUGUGAGAUAUAUGAUUUGGUUGAUGAUAUCUUCUUGUUCAAAAGGGUUUAGUUGAAGUAAAUAUAUAUUUUUCUUUUCUUUUCAGGAUGGGUUUUGUUUUGGUUUGCUUGUUUUUCUUGUGGUUUCAAGAUUAGGAGUGAAACAGAGUAUAAUUAAAACAAAAGAAGACUUGUGACAUGAUUCAUCAAACGGUUGCAACAACAACUUCGAAGAAACCAUAUCUUAUAGGAAGCGUAAGAAUAUGAUCAAACCACUCAACUUCACCCCAAAUGUCCCAGUUUCCGCGUCUUUCAAGCGCAAUCUCCACACACCAAAUCUUCUCCUGACCACUAUAAGGCAACUUCUCGUCCCACAGAACUACCAUCUUACCACCAUAACCAAUCAAUCUAAGAGACACAGCACGAGGGAACUUAGGCAGUCCAACCAAACCCGAUAAAUGUUUCCACAGCUUCACUUUAGCGUCAUACCAUACGAGCGCUCCCUUAUAAACAGAGUAACGAACAUUCUCUAUCUCGCAAUAAGAAUCCGAAAACAUAAAUUGCACACUUUGUUCAGCCAGGUUCCAUCUUCCUUCGUCGGAGCUGUAACCAAACACUGUUUCCUCAGUCCUGACGUGAAACUUUCCAUCAAUACAAGCGCUUCUCGAGUCUAGAAAGGAGCUUUUUACAUCGCUGCAUGGGACAGGCUCCCAGUCGCAGGUUUGUGUUCUUGUGUCCAACACCUGUAACGAGUUCUUCGUCUUCUUCAAGGAUUUGCUUUGGAUUCCCGCUACAUAAAUCUUUCGAUCAAUGACGGUAGCAGAGAGGGAACUUAGCUGCACCUUCAUGCUCGGAGCUUCGUGCCACGUGUGAGACACACAGUCCAGAACCCAGACGCAUGACUUAUUGUCGUAGCCGGAUCCGGAUCCGAUGUUGUAGAUAUCAGAACCAACCGAAACAAGACCCGAGAACCUCGCACGAGGAGAGUUGAGAAUUGGGACUUUGACCGAAACAUACCCACGUGGCUUCUCCUUCUCUUUCUUCUUACUCUUAUGAUUGUGGUGGGUUAGGGUUGGAAUUGGAUUAGGUUUCUGGCGGAGGGUGUACCAGGUGGGAUCAGUACCGAAUGGCUGUACGCACACAUAGAGACAGCUCUCGGUGUGGCCCGAGAGUGAUCGGGCCUUGUAAAGCUCCGGUGAAGCGAUGAGAGAUCGAAAGCUCUUGGAGACGAGGGAGAGAGUCGGGUAGUACGAUCUUGAGACGCGUGCGGUGCAGUAAGGAAACUAGGCGUCGUAGGUGUUAAUUUGGGCCCAGGCGCAUCAUUAUCCAUGUCAAGUAUAACCAAACACUCCUUCACCAGAAGCAAAGUAAAACAAAGUAAAGGCAGGAUCUGUAUUUUGAAUUGAAUCCAAAGAGCUCUUGUCCAGAAAAAAAUGCUUUUACCUCGUGGCCUUCCUCCAGAAAGAGAAGAAGACUAAAAGAGCUUGCAAGUGUUGUGUGGGCAAUUGUAAUCAGAAAAUCAAGUUUAUCUCUCUACUUCUUACGAACUCUUCUCUUAUGAAUUGUUUGUAUUGUUGACCCUAUAAAAGCAUCUCUCAACUAUCUUAUUGUAUAAAACAUAUUUUUCUUUAUACAAUGAAAAAUUACUAUGCUUUUAU